GGGAGGGACGCAGAGCAGAGCCAGGUCUAGGCGCGCGUACAGACAUGCCUGCCUGCCCCCACACGCAGAGCUCACAGGCUGCCGCCCCUACACAAUAACACGCGCACCCUGGCAGUUUACAGCAUCGUCACACACCCCUUCACCGCCCACUCAGACCAGGACCCCAGAAUACACUGGAUACUCUGCAGAACCUGCCAGCUGCAGGCCCUGCCAGCCCUCCCUCUCCUCUGGGGUUGGGUUUUUCCAGCCCGAGCCUCACUCCCUCUACCGCAAUCUCUGGAAAUUGGUGUCUGACGUGGCUGCUCCUGCCCAUUAUUUAUUUAUUUCUUCUUUUCUUCCUGCUGAGACCCUCCUGUCAGAAGGGGAGCUGCAAUCCAGGCACGAAGAUAGGCAGGAAGCUGCAGGGAGACACAGCAGCAGAGAGGACACAGGAAGGCCCCCUCCGAAGCCCCUGCCUGGCUCACCCAGAGGGGGGCCAUGAGCUCCCAGCAGGAGGCCAGGAGAGAUGAGGGAGACACCAGGAGGAAGGGACAGGAAGCAGAGCUGCGGGACCGAGCCCACCUGGGCCAGCAACGCCGGCUCAAACAGGCCACUCAAUUCCUCCACAAGGACUCCGCCGACCUGCUCCCCCUGGACAGCCUCAAGAGGCUCGGCACCUCCAAGGAUUUGCAGCCGCACAACGUGAUCCAAAGACGUCUGAUGGAGGGGAAUCAGAGUCGGCUUCAGGGGGAGUCUCCCUUAGUGCAGGCCCUGGUUCAUGGCCAGGACAGCAAGAGGAAGACCAGUGGGACAGAGAUUCCAGCUCUUCUGGUCAACUGCAAGUGCCAGGACCAGCUGCUUAGAGUGGCUGUGAACACAGGAACCCAACACAAUCAGAUCUCCACUGGAUGUCUCAGCCGCCUAGGGUUAGGGAAGAGGGUUCUGAAAGCCCCAGGUGGGGACAUGGCACCUGGGCCAACCCAGGUGGAGCAGCUGGAGCUCCAACUAGGGCAGGAGAAGGUGGCAUGCUCAGCCCAGGUGGUGGAUGUUGACAGUCCUGAAUUCUGCCUGGGCCUGCAGACUCUGCUCUCCCUCAAGUGCUGCAUUGACCUGGAACAUGGAGUGCUGCGACUGAAAGCCCCCUUCUCAGAGCUGCCCUUCCUGCCUCUGUACCAAGAGCCUGGCCAGUGACCGCUGUCCCAGUUGGUCCCAGAGGGAAAUACCUUGCCUUAGAGGAAGAGCCAUGUAUGGAGUGGGGACAUUAUCUGAGCUGGGUAGCUGAGGACUACUGUGUCUGUCCUUCUUCUCACCAUCCUGACCUCCGCUGUCCCAUUUCUCUCAGUUGGCUGCCUUCCUCUCUGCUUUUCAGUAGCUGCCCUCUGUUUCAGGAAGUUUCCACUAAAGGGCCUAUCUCCCACAGCAGCUAGACUGCCAUGCUUCUCCAGCCUGGGUCCCUGGCCCUUCUGGCACUUGCUCUUUGGGCACCUACCCUUCUGAUUCUGUUCAGAGAUGAGUGUGGAAAGACAGUAAAUGGAAUAAUUCAAUAUAAGGAAGGGAAGUUAGUAUAGGAAUGUCCAGCCCAUAAGGUUGAAUACUUUGAUUAGUUAUAUUUUAUGGGCUGCAAAUGUCUGGGGAUGUUUCUGAUCAAUUGAUUACCCUGUGCAAAAACUGAGUAUGCCUCUAAUACUUACUCUGGAUACUUAUCCUUCUUUCACUUGCUUUUGUACCCACUGGGCCCCUGAGCUUUGGGACAGUGUUAGGAAGAACCCUGUAGAGAACUGUCUCUACAACCCUGCAAGGUGGACACAAUGUUAGGGCUGUCAGUAUUCAGACUUAACCUAUCCAAGAUUCAUUCUCUCUCUCUCUCUCUCUCUUUUUUUUUUUUUUGGUAUCAGAGAUUGAAUCCAGGAGCAUUUAACCACUGAGCCACAUCCCCAGUGCUGCCCCGCUUUUAAAAAAAAUUUUACUUAGAGACAGGGUCUUGUUGAGUUGCUUAAGGCCUUGCUAAGUUGCUGAGGCUGGCUUUGAACUCGUGAUCCUCCUGCCUCAGUCUCCAGAGCCACUGGGAUUACAGGCAGGCACCACUGUGCCCUGCUUCAUUCUUAUUUCUAGAACUAUCCACCUCAUUAAGCCUUCUUCCUACUCCUCUCAUGUCUUCUGAGCUUGAGCUUGUCUUGUCCUGGAAUUAGUGGCUUUCUAUCUCCCUGCCAGACUUGGAACCAAGGCUAAAAGACAAAGGCUCACACUGAUUUUUCUGUGAAGAGCAGAAUCUAAAUCUUAAGAAGUUAGAUGCCUGAGUGUCUUUCUGGCUGUUCUAACUCUCUCAAAUCAUGGUUGGGGUAGAGAAAGACAGCAAUAUCUAACCCAAACUAAGGAACUAGGACCAUUGGGCUGGAAACUAAAUCUUUAGUGUGGGGUAGAUUAGAGAAAAAACAGGAUGCAAGGAGCCACCUUGUGGCCCUUGGUCUUAUCUUUUCAACUGACUCCCUGGCCGUCAAAAGAAGGGAAGGCUUGCUUAGCAUAUUUGUCAUAGUGCCUGGUCUUAAAACUCCUAAAGGACUGCCUCUCCUUCACUGUCUUGCUCUAUGACCUCUACCUCUUUCCCUGUCUUUCCUGCUGCUUCUGUGAUUGCAGACCCAGGCCCAAGGCAGGCCGUGACUUAGCUACUUCUCCAUUUGAAUAAACACUUGUUUCUCUA